CCUGAUUUCUGAUGCACGGUUCUGGAGCUCUGUCCCCUCUACCUCACCUUAUCUCCCGACAAAACAGAAUAUUUUUAACAUAUUUUGUUUUACUCUCCUAGAAGCCCUCCCUCCCUCGCUCCGGCGGCAAUGUAGAGCGUAGCCAUGGAAGAAGUCUUCCAGUUUUGCUCCUAUAGCGGCCUCCGCCCUCCUUCCAAUCCCAAGUUUCUCCCCUCUCAAAUUCCCAAAAUCCCCACCACUUCCUACGAUUCCCCUCCCCGCCCCCGCCUCCCCUUCCCCGCCCACGGCCUCCGCCUCUCCCCUAAAACCCCCAUUCCCCUUCCCGAAAAGCCCCCGAAGCCCCCAACUCUUCCCGUUCUGCCCCCCCAACCCUUCUCUCCCUUCCACGAGAAGCUCCUCUUCCUCGACUCCCUCGGCAUCGACCUCUUCGCGGCCGCGGCCGCCCAUCCCCCCGUCGCCGCCGUCCCCCUCGCCGACUUCCGCGCCACCGUCGACCUCCUCCGCUCCAUCGGUCUCACCGCCGGCGAGCUCCGUCGUGUCUGCGGCAUGUGCCCGGAGGUCCUCGCCGCCGGCCCUAAAGCCCUUACUUCCGUCCUCACCUUUCUCCUCCGUGAGGUCGGCGUCCAGGGCCGCGACCUCCACCGCGUCAUUCACCACCGGCCGCGGCUUCUCGUCUCUGACAUCGCCGGCCGGCUCCGCCCCACCCUCUACUUCCUCCAGAUGCUUGGCAUCACCGCCAUCUCGAGGCAUACCUCGCUGCUCUCCUGUAGCGUAGAAGAGAAGCUUCUCCCCCGGCUAGACUUCCUCCAGACGGUUGGGUUCUCGGCCCGGGACUCGAGGGUGAUGGUGCGAAGGUUUCCUCAGCUCUUCUGCUACAGUAUAAAGGAGAAUCUCCAACCCAAGAUUGAAUUUUUAGUAACGGAAAUGGGGAGGGAUCUGAGGGAGAUGAAGGAAUUCCCUCCCUACUUCUCAUUCAGCUUGGAGAACAGGAUAAAGCCGAGGCAUCGGGUGUGCAAGGAGAAAGGUGUGUUCUUGUCGCUUCCUGCAUUGUUGAGGUCGAGUGAUGAGCAAUUUGAUGCUCGGCUGGAGGUAUGUGUUGGUUCUUCCCCACCAUUGAGAAGCUCACCACUGUGGCAUGAGAGUUUGGAUGAAAAUUCUUAGCUUGUUUUGGUGAAAAAAGAAAAUUUGUUGGAGUCCCAUUCCUUUGGGUUUUGAUUACCAAAAAUCACAAUGGGAUUUCUCCACUGUGUAUACAGUUUCCCUUUGUACAUUGAGAAAUGUGCAUUGCCUAAUUAUAUUACAAUAAAAUAUGCCAAUUUCAGAUGAA